GAAGGGCGGGAAGGGGGACGGGUUAUCGAGAGGGAAAAUCGGCUGCUGUCGGGGCAGAGCGAGCUCGCAUUCCGCUCCGGCGGUUCGGGCUCCUCGUUCGCCUCCGGCCAUGGGGCUGCAGCCGCGGCGCGCCGCGGGGCCCUGCCCGCCCGCGGGAAGAAGCGCCGCCUUGCCCGGAGCGCGUUCCGCACCUCCCUGGGCGGGCAGCGACGAGCCGGAGGGAACUCCCGGGCGCCCCGCCACGAUGCCGCCUCUCCUGCCGGCCAUCCUGCCGACCCCCUGCGCUUCUCCCGCUGCCGCCCGGGCGCAGCCCAAGAAGCCGCAGGCGGCUGCCUCAGCCCCCAAGAAGGCAGCGCCUCGGCCCGCAGAGGAGAAGGUGGCGAGGAAAGCGUCGGGGGCGCCCCCGGAGCGGCCGGGCCCCCUCUCCAGCUCCUGGCCCUGCUCGUCCCUGCAGCGGCCGCCGCCGCGGAGACUGCCGGCCGAGCGGGCGGCGCGGCCCCAGCCCACCCCGCCGCAGCCGCGGGGCCGCCCGGGGGCGCCGGGGGCCGGCAGCCGCUCCUGCGAGAGCCUCGGCGGGGCGCCGGGGGAGGCGGCGGGGCGCUUCUCGCUGAGCCUGCCUCCGGAGGCCAUCCGGGUACUGCAGCGCCGCAGCCUGGAGCGGCAGCGGGGGCAGCCCGCACCCUCUCCUGCCGGCAGAGCCUCCCCGGCCCGGCGCGGCGACCUGCGCGCUCUUCUGAAGGUUUCGCUGCUCAACGACCGGCACCGCUACGACGACGAGGAAUACGAGGAGGAGGAGGCGGCGGGGACCGCGGCGGACGAGGGGCUGGUGCGGAAAUGUACCGAGUGGCUGCGUGGUGUGGAGAGUGCGGCCGGCCGCGACCACCCUGAGCGGCUGGAGACGCUGCCGCACUUGGGCACCCUCUGAGCCCCGCCGGGACCUGGGAGCGGCACGGCGGCGGCUGUCGGAGCGGUCGCGCCGGGGGGAGGUGUGGCCACGAUCCGCGAUGUCGUGUUCCAUGCGUUACGGGCGGGUGGCGAGCGGAGCCGCUGGCUCAGAGCCGAUCCUCGGGCCGCCUCCGCCGCCGGGGCGAGGGACAAAGGAGUGGCUCCGGCCUCCGCCUACCGGAGCCCGGGUGCUGGGAGGGAGGGCACUGACUCUGGGUGUCCUGCCUCCAUCCUCGCGGUUUUUUUAAAGAUUUCCGACUACUUUAUAAAAUGUGCGUAAUGGUUUUGUAUAUUUGUACAUAAAAGUUCAUUUUUAUUUAUUUGAAUAAAGAAAUCUUGUGUUGCGGUA